AUGGGUGCUGGUCAUCUUGCCGCGGAUGGAACCCUACAUCUGGGCUCGCGGAGGCCCGGCCAGGAACUCAUUGUCGUCCUCGUCCUCGUCUCCGGCGAAAUCGAAGGUGAAAUCUUUGCGCCCGGCGUUCGCAGCCACGAGGGAGCGGAAGGAGAAGACGACGUUGUGGACGUCGAACACCCAAGUGGCCAGGCUGAGGAUUAUGCUUCGUCCUCAUCAGUCAUUGAUAAAACCUUGAGUCUCAAUACAAAGUAA